UUCGCACGCGGACAUCGGCCGGUUCGUCACCAGCCUACACCACACACACUACCGUGUCGGUCGCCCGUCUUAAGACGUCAUGCCGGAUCAGUGUUGAGCUACUCACCGUACACAAACCGUCGUUUGUCAAAUCUGCCGUUUACCACGGACAUCGUUCGACACGUGUGACUGUAUAAACGACUUGCCUACCGUAAGAAAUACCGACGAAAAUUCAUUGAAUCCGUCACAGCCACGUCGUCGUCGCCGUGAGUACACAAACAAAAUAGCACUGCGAUGAUGUCUUUGGACGACGAUGGUGGCGGUGGCAGUACAACUCAACACAAUAUGAGCAUGGAAGAUUCGUUGAUGCCUAAACGAGAUCCAUUGUACAUUGUGGUACCCAUGACUAUAGCGUAUUCGUUGAUAUUCGUUACUGGUGUCAUAGGCAACUCGAUCACUUGUCUUGUAAUCGCCAAACAUAAGUACAUGCACACCGCAACAAACUACUACUUGUUCAGCCUGGCUGCGUCCGAUCUCAUACUUCUCGUUUCCGGACUUCCACAAGAGAUGUGGUCCAUAUGGUCUAGGUAUCCAUACGUUUUCGGCGAGAUAUUCUGUCAGCUUCGUGGCCUUUUUUCCGAAAUGUCGGCAAACGCCACUGUUCUUACCAUAACAGCAUUCACGGCUGAACGGUACGUGGCCAUAUGUCAUCCAUUCAUGGCGCAGAGCAUGUCCAAGCUGUCCAGAGCCGUGAAAAUAAUCAUCGGCAUUUGGUUGGUAGCCGUGUUAUUUGCCAUACCUCAGGCAUUACAAUUCACAGUAUCAUCUUGGAACGAUUCGCCUGAAAACGUGCAAUGCAACAUUCGUGAAUUUAUGCUGAUGGGCUCCAGUCUCCGGCUGUCCACGGUAUCGUUCACGCUGUCCACCCUGUUGUUUUUCGUACUACCAAUGACUGUUAUAACAGUGCUGUAUGUACUGAUCGGUUUCCGGCUCCGGCGCACCGAUAGACUGAAAAGGACCGUCACGGUGCGGUCGACCACCGGUGAAAAAAAAAUCUCUUCGCCCGAAUAUAGGGCGAAUUCCUCGUCAAAAGUGCUCAAAAUGUUAGUCGCUGUCGUCGUGGCGUUUUUCAUAUGUUGGGCGCCUUUUCACGCUCAGCGGCUGAUUGCCAUAUGGGGUGUUAGUCAAGUCUCGACUGGAGAUAUAGGCAAAGAACUCAUUGAUCAGUUGUACGGGAUCUCCACGUACAUAUCCGGAGUGCUCUACUACAUGUCUACAACGAUAAAUCCAAUUUUGUACCACAUUAUGUCGCACAAGUUUCGAACGGCGUUCAAGGAAACCAUGUUACGGUGCUGUUGCGGCGGACGGACCGGCAAGCAGCGGUGUCUGCGGCGGGGGAGCGGCUCGCCUGUUGCCGCCAAUGGCGGUCAGAGUUACCGGAGGGUGUCUGCUGGACAAGCGUCUCUCGGCAGUGGCGACGGACUACGGUGCUGGCGGUGGCUGACGGCCGCGAAGAAACCGGGCGGCUCCUCCAAGUCGCCACCGCCUGGCCCGGUGGCGCUCAGCGAUUGGACAAUGAUCAGCAACAGUAGCCUCAGGGACGUGGACGGCAACGAUCUCCGGGACGAACUGGUCGGGUACGCCGCGACCACCACCACCACGACGGACAGUUGUUCCAAAGAUAGCACGUUAAGUUUUACCUAAACGUUAUAACAUUGUAACAAAACGUAGGUACUGUUUUAUAUUGUAAAGACAAACACAAACAAAAUAUAGAUAACGCGUUUACUAUUUAUUUAUGUACACGUGUAAUGUGUAUAUAUUAUGUAUAUGAAAACACAGAGGGAGAAAAUAUAGAAGUCGGCUUGCUUUUAUUCAAUUUCCCGUUAUGCUGAUUUUAAUAAUAAUAUUAUUUAUUCAUACUACCGUUGUUGCUAUAUUAUGCUUUUUUGUAUACUUUGCAAAAGCGACCUCGCUUUUUUUACUCUCUGUACUCUUCAUUUUGAACCGUGAACUAGCCCACAUAUGCCUACUUAGGCCAUUGAUCCCAUACCUAAAUAAAAAACAUUGUCCAAUAACCUACAUUGGUCUCGAUAACA